AUGUCAAUCCCGCCCAAUAACCCCCAAAACCCACGAUGGCUUCUUGACUUGAGUGAAUGGGAGGUGAAACCCUUUACCGAUGUCCCGCGGAGCAUACUAGAUGAGGAGGGCUAUGGAAUUGUCUCUUACACCUGGGGUUAUAUUGCUGAUUAUAGAAAUCUGUCCACGGACACCCCUCGCGGGAUCUUAUGGGACGUGCCCGGGACAAAGAAAUGGACCCUUUCCGAGGCAAGAAGAAUCAUGGGCACCAUCGGGACCCGGUAUGUGUGGUGGGAUUGGAUGUGUGUCCCGCAGGGCGGUAGGGGGGUUAUGAAAGACUUGAGCCCGGAGAUGCGGGAAGUCCAGGGCCAGGAAAUUGGGAAGCAGAUGCAUAUCUACCGAAACGCGAAGAAAAGCAUUGUCUGGCUGCAUUCGACUUUCUGGCAGGAUGAAUCGGCGCUCAAGGCACUGCUUCUCUCCAGACCACAGGACGGGAAUGCAGAGCCUACGACGGCUGUGGGGUAUGUCGAGCAGGUGGGGAGGCAGCUGCGCGCAGCCCAGGACGGAGAAUGGUGGCUGCGAUCGGGCUGGACGCUCCAGGAAGGAGUCCUUCUCGCCCAGACGCACUUGGUGGAUGUCAAUGGCGAGAAACUUAGAGAUGACAGAUUCAUCCACGGGGGUUGUGCGAGUGUGCUCGACAUCACGGCGCGCAUCACCCGUCUGACGGUCGAGUUGGCCCGCGCCUUCGUCAUCCAUGCGGAGGGCCAGGAACAGGACGGGGGCUCUCCGAGCGGCCAGUUGGCGGAAGCACUGGCCAGCCCGGACUCGGCGCUGACGCUCCGCCAGUCCCUCAAGUCGCUGAUCAAAUCGGGGCUUGUGGCGUACACAGAAUACUCCCCGCUGUACAUUCUCGCUGGGAAGCAAAGUCGCACCUUUGGAGUGCCCCAGGAUGCGUGCUGGGCGCUAAUAGGCGCGAUGGGGCUGGAAAAUGUCACAGUCAACUAUGACGCUCCCAUGGACGAGAUCAAGAGGGUGUUCCUGAGGGCGCUGAUCGAGCGGUAUCAAUGGACGAUGCUGUUGCUGCCAUUGCCAGAUAUUCGAAUCAAAUACAUGCGCGGUCAAGCUACGCUGUCGAGGGACUUCGAUUGGAUCGACAUCAUCGACGGGGUUUUGCUACCCAUUGGGGUGUUCGUGGAUACGCUGAUCCGGCCCAGGUCUCCGCCCACCAACCCGACGCCCCCACGGGACCCCAACAAGGACCCUGAAGAGCGGCUGCGACAGAGUCUGCCGAUUCUCGCAUAUACGGACGCGCUUCACAUCUGGCCACGCGAGGCUGCGGGCAGGAAACUGGUCGUUUACAGCGGAAAGAAAGAGGAGAUCCGGUGGUUCCGCCACUAUCGCCAGAGUCCAGACGGGUUGCGCAUCGUGUCUCCGAGGGUGGCUAUCCCGGAAGAAGAAGAUCUGAUACACGGGGCGUGGUUUCUUCCGCUGGAGGACCUGGAAGUGCGCAGUGGCGUCCAGGGGAAAAGGUGUCUGGUGUUGCUCCGAUUCAACAGCCAGCCGCCAGGGGGUCAGCCUGCGUAUGGUGAUUUUGGCGGCAUUGGGGAUAUCUGGGGGAUAGGGCCAGAGAAGGCGGAAGUCGAUGAGAUUACGCUGGACCCAGGGCUCUGA